AUGGGGCCUCCAGAGCUGUCUUUAUGGGGCCUCCAGAGCAGUCAAUAUGGGGCCUCCAAAGCUGUCUUUAUGGGGCCUCCAGAGCUGUCUUUAUGGGGCCUCCAGAGCUGUCUUGAGCCUCCAGAGCUGUCUUUAUGGGGCCUCCAGAGCAGUCACUGUGGGGCCUCCAGAACCGUCACUAACCGCCACUGCGGGGCCUCCAGAGCCAUCACUGUGGGGCCUCCAGAACCAUCACUGUGGGGCCUCCAGAGCAGUCACUGUGGGGCCUCCAGAACCAUCACUGUGGGGCCUCCAGAGCCAUCACUGUGGGGCCUCCAGAACCAUCACUGUGGGGCCUCCAGAACCAUCACUGUGGGGCCUCCAGAGCCAUCACUGUGGGGCCUCCAGAACCAUCACUGUGGGGCCUCCAGAGCCAUCACUGUGGGGCCUCCAGAACCAUCACUGUGGGGCCUCCAGAGCCAUCACUGUGGGGCCUCCAGAACCAUCACUGUGGGGCCUCCAGAGCAGUCACUGUGGGGCCUCCAUAAUCAUCACUGCAGGGCCUCCAGAACCAUCACUGUGGGGCCUCCAGAGCAGUCACUGUGGGGCCUCCAGAACCAUCACUGUGGGGCCUCCAGAGCCAUCACUGUGGGGCCUCCAGAACCAUCACUGUGGGGCCUCCAGAGCCAUCACUGUGGGGCCUCCAGAACCAUCACUGUGGGGCCUCCAGAGCCAUCACUGUGGGGCCUCCAAAACAUCACUGUGGGGCCUCCAGAGCCAUCACUGUGGGGCCUCCAGAACCAUCACUGUGGGGCCUCCAGAGCAGUCACUGUGGGGCCUCCAUAA